AUCGUGCUGGCGCUGCUGGCGGAGAUGCACGAGGCGGAGGUGUUCAUGACGAAGGAGGGCACCCUGGACACCUACUGCCUCGUGCCCGCCCAAGAACUCCUGUGUCACUUCGCCUUCCCCGACUGUCCAGCAGUCUGAACUGGGGCUGAUGCCCUUCCCCCUUCCCCUCUGCAGAGAGCACUGUCUACAAGUGAAGAGCUUGUUCUGUUUUCGCCAGUGGGCUGAGAUUGAAGAUAAAAAGCAAAAGAAUGUUUUCUUCAAAUCAAGAGGGCAUUUUCGGUUGCCAGAUUGUGAUGCUCUUCCCAGCAUGUGGGAGCCAGAUGUGCAGUGCACAGCUGGGAUAUCCCACAAUCCCCCGCAAGAUCAUGUGAGAGAUGACUGUUAUGUUGAAAAUGGGAGAUGGUACAACGGUACAGUCAAUGUCACAACCUCUGGCCUUCAGUGCCAGCCAUGGGACAGCAACUCUCCUCAAGACCAUGACCGUUCUCCGCUAGUCUUCCCAGAGUUACUAAACUCCGAAAACUUUUGCCGUAACCCAGGAGCAGAAGAGUCGCGCCCAUGGUGCUACACUAUGGAUUCUCACGUGAGAUGGGAGUUUUGUGACAUCCCUCAAUGCAUGGUUCAGGUGGAUAACAACACAUCAACAGUGCCAACAAAAACACUUCCAGACCAGCCCCACUUCACCUUGGUGACCAUCAUCGUCAUUACUGUAGUCUCAGCAGUUGGAGUUCUCAUUGUAAUCUUGUUCAUUGGUUUGUCUGUUCACCUGUUUUGUCGCACCAGAGGUGGACGGCUUGGGUACAAAGCAGCAGCUAAAGAUGAUGUUGACACUGCCAUAGAGCAGCUGCCAGCUAAUGCAGCUUAUCAUCAGUUAAAACCCUCAGGAAAGUUAAACCCCAAGCUGGAAGGAUAUGAGUUUCCCAGAAAUGACAUAGUAUUCCUGCGAGACAUCGGCCAGGGUGCUUUCGGCCGAGUGUUUAAAGCCAAAGUGCCAGGAGGAAUCAGCAGCAACCCACGUACAAAAACAGGAGAGUCAACCUUGAUUGCCGUGAAAAUGCUAAAAGAGGAUGCUUCUGAAGACUUGCAGGCAGACUUUGAACGUGAAGCAUCCCUGAUGGUGGAGUUUGACCACCCUAAUAUUGUUCGCCUGUUGGGUGUUUGUGCAGUGGGCAAGCCCAUGUGUCUACUGUUUGAGUUCAUGAGUAAAGGGGACUUGAAUGAGUUCCUUAGAUUGUGUGGGCCAGAACAUUUCAGUCUUCGCCUGCCGACAUCCCGGGUGCUAACAGUGGACAUAGAGGAUGGCCUUCGUGUGGCAGGGGUAGGAGACACAUUAAACAUUGAGACAGAAGGGGAGGGGGUGAGUGUGGGUGACAGUGGGUCGCCACCCCGACUGACUGCAGCUGAGCAGCUUCAUGUUUCAAAGCAGGUGUCUGCUGGAAUGGCUUACCUUGCACAGCGUGGCUACGUCCAUCGUGACCUUGCGACCCGGAACUGUCUGGUGGGUAAUGAUUUAGUAGUGAAAAUUUCAGACUUUGGCCUUGCUCGCAGUGUGCACAGUGUUGACUACUACAGAGGUAGCGAACACGAUGCCAUUCCAAUACGUUGGAUGCCAUUGGAGGCCAUAUUGUACAACAAGUUUUCCACACAGUCAGAUGUGUGGUCCUUUGGGGUGGUAUUAUGGGAAAUCUUUUCCUUUGCACUACAGCCCUAUUAUGGCUUGACUCAUGAUGAGGUGGUUCGUUACAUCAAAGAAGGCAAAGUGCUGUCACAGCCGGACAGGACUCCCAAUGCAGUGUACGAAAUCAUGAAACAGUGCUGGCACCGCCGUCCCGCUUCGCGCCCCUCGUUCAGCACUCUUCAUAAGAUGCUGGAAAACAUGCAUGAGAAAUACCUCAAGAGUGAAGCUAAACUCAAGGAGAUUGUGUGAUGGGAGAGGAGAGCCAACCAGGAUGAGUGCAAUGUUUAAUCAGCUUGAACUCCACAGAGAAGACUCGUACACACAGAGGGUCCAUUAAGACAAUUUACAGGGACAAUAUUUCCCUAACAGCUAGAAAAAUAAAAGUGGUGUGCUUUGGAUGAACUGAAGAAGUUUGAACUUGAACUUCACUUAGCACAAGUUUUAUCAUCAUCAGAAAGUUUCUUGUAGUUUUAAUGUCACUUUGUAUUGCAGAAUGUCCAUCAUCUCUUUUGUUAUUGCGCUGCUGGAUUUUACCCGACUAUGUGUGUAUUUCAAUGAAUUAAUUUGUAAAAACUAUUGAGUGUUUUUCUAAAUCAUUGUUUUUAGUUCAUAAAUUGCUAAAAGCAAUUAAAGCUGAAAAAGUUAGUUUAUGUUGUUUUUUUGUUUUUUUUUUUGAGGAGUCUACCAAUGCCGACUUCCUUUUUUAGAUAAUUAAAUACUGUCAAUCAGCAAAAAAAGUUUUCACGAUUAUCAUUACGUACACCUGCAUUUGCCUCUGUAGUUUUUACAGUAACUAAACCAUCAUUGUAUUUGUUCAUCUUAUAAGAAUUUUAAGUAUUUAUAGCUUUAUUUUAGAUACUGUUACUUGAUUCUGAGGUUACUUUGGACCUUUUACCCUAUUCAGAGGCUUGUGUCAAACUAUUGCACGUAGUGCAGAACGAAAGGCCAGAUGGGUGUUCUAUUAGAGACUGAUAAUAAAUGGUAGCUUGUAUAUUGCCCGAACACAUUUAGUCUUUAUCCAUGUGCCUUUAAAUCUGUGAUCAGAUGCUGACUUAUUAAAAGCCGUGAUAAUUUUUUUCUUGAAAGCUUUUUCCCCCCUUCUGCAUAUGCAUUGGUUUACCACCUUAAAGCAUGCAUUUGGUUUUUUCAAUCAAUGCCAACAAAAUGCUGAACACUAGCAAAGAUCUGCUGACAACUGGCACUUUAAAUGCGAGUAGGAGACCUUAGGUAUGAGGCAUGGUAUGAGAUCAUGAAGUGGGAAAUUUUUUUUAAUUCAGAUAUUUUGUACCAUGAAAUGCAAGAGCAGCUCCAGAAAAAAGGUUUUUUGAAAAUAAUCAUGACAUCCUUUUUAUUAAAGCACAAACCCCUGCCACACAUAAAAAUUAUUUUUAAAACAAUUUGAUAAAUUUCAGGACUAUUUUAGAAAAGCAAUAAACUUCUAAGACUUUCAAAAGUACGAUUGUUUUGUCAACUGCUUUUUUAAAUGAGCAAUUGCCAUUACUGCUGCCACAAGAAAUAUCGCAAAUGUUAACUUUCAAACCUGCCAAGCAGGUACAAGUAAUUAUAGAUGUUAUUUGUUAAUUAAUAAUUAGGGUCAUUACCUCAAGGUUUCUUGUGUUAUUGCCAGCUCAGUAAGCCUCUUUCAUACGUUGGAAACUGAAGUGCCAUAUGUACAGUAUAGAUGGGUUUUAGGGAAAGCAUGUCUUCUCUGGCUGAACACAACAGUGCCAUUGUAUUUUAAUCCCUUACACCAUUGCUUUUUGUGGGUAAUAUUUUGGUUUAUUUUAUGAGAAUUGCUUCAAAAUACGAGAUAUCUUUGUGAUUUUUUUUUUUUUUUUGCUCCAAUUAAAUGUAUAAAUGAACCAACACUUUUAAAGCAGUUAAUUGAACCUCUUUUCAAUAUCAGAAACUGACUUCGAGUUUAAUGCUCGUAGAUACAAACCAGUGUAUGUUGAAUUUUUUUUUUAACUGUACAUCAAUGUUUUCUCUGAAGGUCACUUAGCAAAGCCCUGCCAGAAUAUCUAUAAUUUUUGGAGUCUGGCUGUACAAGUUUUAAAAUCUGCUUUUGUAUGCAUGCUGUGCUUGUGUUUGCAUUCAAGCACUUGUUUUAAGUGCUGUGUACCUAAGACAUUUUUUUUUACUUUUAAGUGUGACAUUCACACUUGGUGGUGCAACACUCAGUGGCAAACACUGCUAUCACACUUGUGUAAAAUGCAUGUGAUUUGCUCCAUAUUGUUUGUGAACUGUUUUUCUUUACCACAGCAUGUUUACUGGUUUGUUAGUAGAGCAAGUUACUACUUGCAAACAAAGUUUUUAAUGUCAUGUAAAACAUUAGAUGGAAAUAGCUGUGAACAUAUAUGUGAACUCAAAGGUCUGUGAAAAAGGGAUAUUUUUCUUUCUGCCAAAAAGGCAAGCCAUUUAAUGCCUAAUCUCUUAAUUUUUUUUAAAUCUAAAAUGACCAAAUGAAAACCAUUAUAUUUACUUAUUGUAGGUGAUGGAUGCCUGAAACUGAUAACUCAUUUUAAUUAAUGUAAAAAAAUGACAUAUUUUAGGCCAAUAUCUUGUGCUUUUUAUAUUCUCAUCUCACUUAUUCAAAUAGGAAACAAAGCAUAGCUAAAUGUUUUAGUUCUGACAGAUGUGUCAGCUACUUUUAUAGGAUGAUGAUUACAGCUCAUACUCUAACAAGCUCAACAAAAACUGUCUCAUAAGGUCUAGUUAAACUGUUUUAAAAAAUGUAAUCAUGCAAAAGGUAGUGAAUGAAAUGUCAUUCCAUGCACAUAGUAUGCAUAUUCACAUUAAAGCAUUGACAUGAAAGAGAGUGAGUGUGCACAAGAUAUCAUUCAUUUACAAUUAAGUUUUAGAUGACCCUCACAGCAUUACAGUUGAAAUCCCACUUCCUACAUGAAGAAUAUGUAAUGCUUUUAUAUGCCACAGAUGCUAAUGAUGAUGAUGUUUUAUGAAAAACUAUAAACAAUCGUUACAAUAAAAAACAAAUCACUAAUUGAUGCUGAAAGUUGCUUGUAUGAUCUACUGUACUGAGCAUUCCUGUUUCUGAAACAUGCAUAAUAUGAUUUUCUGCAGUUUACAUCAUAAUGUACACAUAUCAACUCUCCUGUGGACUCACAUUAUCUAUUCAAAUGUUUCAAUCCUGCUGUGGAAGCAGUAAAAUUAUGUUAUGAAAAAAAGCAAUAACUUGUCUUUUUUUUAAUUUUCUUAUUGUUUAUAAAAUUUUCUGAAAGCUCAUAAUGGGAUGGGAGUGGGUGUGGGUUGAGGAGUUGUUUUAAAGAUAUGCUGGUUACAAGAAGCUUUAAAAAUAAAACCUGAAAAAUCAAAAAUUAAAAAUUUUCAAGUAACAAGUAUUGCUUUUAGCAUUCUGACUUGUUACUAAUCCAGAAAUAGUCAUUUUUGACUAGCAUUUCUUAUCCUUCUGAGGAUCACAUAAUAAAGUAAAGAGAUAACAUCUAGCUGUUUCCACCAUGAUCUCUAGAAACUAUGUAUGGGUGGUUCUUGUACUUUCUGGAUAUAGGCUAGAUUGUGUGCAUGCAGAUUUUUCAUUAUUGAUCAAUUAAGAUCUGAUGUAUCACCACUGACAGUGCUGACUUUAUAGCAUACAUUAAAUCCUCUGACACUGAUGACCACUUUGUGGUCUGUCACAUCACUGUAUAUAAAAAUUAUGACUCGGUGAUAUAAAAUCAUAUCACUAUACUUCAGUGGAGGAGCAUGUGGUUGUCAUAUCACUGUCUAACAGACCGAUGAUCUUGUGAUCUUGAGAUCAUAUCUCUUGUAUCUAACAACGAUUCCCGAACCAAAUUUCCUUGGAGAAACCAGAGUUUCAGAUACAAGCCUGCUUUCAAGUAAAUGCACCAAGAUCGUGAUCUUCGUGUAAAAACAUAAAAAAUAUAUAUAUAAAGUUACAAAAGUUGUUGGUUUUGCUUCAGUAUAUAUAUAAAUUAUUUAUAAGCACAAUCCACUCUACAUAACAUGUAUCAAAGAUAAAAUAUGAUUAGCCCUUCUAAUUGGUUAACUUAAGUGCUGCCGCCUAUGAAAAAGCCCCCAUAUUUGCCUCCUUUUUAGAAAGGGACCAAGUGUUUGUCGACUAUGUUUUAGAUCAGCUCCACACUACAGAUUCAAAGCUUUUUCUAAUAUCUUUGCUCCAUGUUACAAUGUAAAAACACCUUCAACAUAAGCAUUCUAGAUAAACUGCAUACUAGAAUCUACAAGUAUUGCUAUCAUUAUAAUAAGUCCACCUACAUACUGUACUAUAGAAGCAACCUCAUAGCUGACAUGUUGGUCUCUUCAAUGUGUUCUAGCCACCUACACUUUCAAAGUUACAGACUUUUCUCUGAAGACAUCAGACAUUUAUUUCAGUGACACAGAUUUGUCUUACUAUACAUUCAAAUUCAAAAAUUCUCAUCCUAUGAUUCCAUCUGAAUGGCUAAAUUUCAGCAGUCAGUUGUUUUAAAUUAUAAAUGCAACCAGUUAAUUGUUUACAAUGAAAUAGAACAGCCCAUGCCACCUCAGAGAUUUUUUUUUUAAAGUUUUUUAAAAAAAUGUUUAAGAACAGAGACUACCAGUCUUCCUGAAAUGCUUUCAUCCCCCAUCCCACCCCCCUUUUUGAGAUGCUGUCAGUGUAUUCAAAUGUGUAUUCUAAGUGAAGACCGUUUUCCACUAGAAACACAAUGACUUUAUUACAAUCUACCUCAUAUUCUAAAUGUUUUGUUGGCAAGUUCAGAUGUAAUCAUCACUGCUAUGUGCUGUUACUAGAGAUCACAGUGUGACAAAAGUUAUGUUUUUAGCAGCUUAGAAUACUAAGCCUUUCAUUUCUACCUCUUUUCAUCUGAGGUCAGCAGAUAAACUUCUUUCCUGAAAGACAUGCUGCUGUGGUCACACUGAGCCUAUAGUCUCGCUUUUUUUGUAGACAGGAGAAAGAAAAUUGAAAGCAGGGGAUUGGGAGCAUCCAAACACCUGAUUCUUUGUCCUUCUCUAGAUGCAUGGAAGUUUGCACCAGACUCUUCACCAUGCUUCAAGCUUCUCUUGUGAAAUCGCAGAUCAUUAUUCCAGAAUCACAAGCCUUACUGUCCAUUUAGAGAACAAAGCCAGUCAUGCAUCCAAAUACCACAGUGGGUAAUACAAAACAGGUCUGAAGCAUAGAUGUUGAGAUGCUGCCUAAAUUACUCUUAUUAAGGGAAAAACAAGUGUUUUGUACAUAUUUGAUUCUGUUUUUAAACAAGUUUCUGCUGGAAAGCAAGAAGCUUAUGUGAAUAGAUCCAAUCUUGCUGAUUAAAAUCUGUUGUGUCAUCACUUUGUUAUUUUGAAAUUUGAUUCUUGCAGCAUUUAUAUUUUCUAAGAAUAUCUUCCAUCUGACAUGUGCCUUAUAAGGUGCUGUAUUUUUCUUUAAUAAUGUUAUAUUUUGUGUGUAUAGCAUGUACAAUAUACACAUUGCACUGACUAUGGAGAUAUAAAAAAAUGUUGCGAUAUAUA